GUUACGGUGGCGGAAGUCACGGCAGCUGUGUUGAAAUCAGAUCGCCCGGUCUUAGAAGCUUCUGCUCACGCCGAGGCCAGCAACGGUCGGGCGGACCCCCUGACGCCUACUCUGCAGCCCUGCUGACCUGACGCCGCUGCCACGCCAUGUCCACCCCUCCGUUGGCUGCGUCAGGGAUGGCGCCCGGGCCCUUCGCCGGGCCCCAAGCCCAGCAGGCGGCCCGGGAGGUCAACACCGCAUCGCUCUGCCGGAUCGGGCAGGAGACGGUUCAGGACAUCGUGUACCGCACCAUGGAGAUCUUCCAGCUCCUGAGGAACAUGCAGCUGCCAAACGGUGUCACUUACCAUACUGGAACAUAUCAAGACCGGUUAGCAAAGCUCCAGGAUCAUCUUCGCCAACUCUCUAUUCUCUUCAGGAAGCUGCGAUUGGUCUAUGAUAAAUGCAAUGAAAACUGCGGAGGGAUGGAUCCCAUUCCAGUAGAGCAACUUAUUCCAUACGUGGAAGACGAUGGCUCAAAGAAUGAUGACCGGGCCGGCCCACCUCGUUUUGCUAGUGAAGAGAGGCGAGAAAUUGCUGAAGUCAAUAAAAAUUACCUGAAGUUGUUUCUGUGACGAAUUUAACCUACUUAGAGUACAACCCAGGACUAAAAGAAACUCAAACAGAAGAAUCAACAGCUGAAGCAAAUUAUGGAUCAAUUACGAAAUCUCAUCUGGGAUAUAAAUGCCAUGUUAGCAAUGAGGAACUAAACUGAUAUUUAAAUUUCCAGCAUUACACAUGUUAUACCAUUUUUUCCCCCCUCAAGUAUUUUUUCCCUUUAAAGAAGAUUAUUUUAUUCUA